AAUAAGAGAUAUAAUGUUUAUCAUCCAUUCACAAAAAAAUAUACAAACACACACACACACAAACAAACGAUACACUGACGCAAAAUGCUUCCUGAUGUCUCCAAUAGUUCAUGGAAGUACAAAUCAAGAAGUAAAAUUACAAAUAUAUAUAACAUCAGUAAUAGUUCUAUUAUACCAUAUUAUACGAAACAGGUUUUCAUAUUUCUCUCAAUUGAGAUAGCUGUUCCUCUGUUGAUUAUAAUGAUCUUAUCAAUCCUAUUCAUAGCUGGAUAUCUAUGGAAUUCAUGGACAGUUUUUCUUUGGGUAUUGGCUUGGUCUGCUUUUGCAUUAGCAAUGUUGAUUAUAUUCUAUCGAAAAAUUAGAGAUGAACAUCCAUUGAAUAUUUAUCUUCUGGUUAUUUACUCGAUAUGGAUCGGUACAGCGAUUGGAAUUUCGGUUUUAAAACUAUGCAUGUACUUGAAAGUUAUUGCCAUCGCAAUCACAUUGAUAUCUUUUAUUUGUUCCAUAUUCAUUGGAGCUGCAAUCCGAACACGAUUAGCUGAUCAGUUCCUGUUAAUUCUAAUAUAUAUUAUGUGUUAUAACUUGAAAAAGCUGAUUUUUCUUGAUACUACCGCGUAUAACCGAGCACUAGAACACCAAACCCUUCCAAGUCGCAAUAAGAAGACAAAAGACUAACGAAAGGAAUAUUAUUCCAAACAGUGUCAAACAUAGGACAAAAUUGUCAGGUAUUUAUAGUUUUUAGUGAGAACAAAAUCAUCAUUACGGUCUUUCAAUCCGCGUACAGGGGGUUAUUAGCAUUAUCCAAUCGGGAAGCUACACGUUGAAAUUCUAGAACAUUCUUCCGAAAGGUGAUUGGGUGGAACGUCUUCGGCUCCUUCUGAGCCUCUUACAGCUUCCUCGAGUUCACCGGUGGUCCGUCGUCACAUUAUGAUUCUUUCCACUGCUUUUGUGGCAGCUGCGAUUGUAUUUUAUGUUUUAAAGCUUUGGGUAUGUCGAUGAAUGAAACUGUUUUAUUAACAAACUACUUAUUAUUAAUAUAAACACUUGUUUCAUGCAAAUCCAUGAAAAAUAAACACACACUUCAAACACAGAUGGCUUGGACAAUACUCCCAAUACACAGUAGAUGACAAUUGAAUACUGAGUCUACUCACAAGUUUUCAAUUUAAGUAAACGCCUAUGAAGCUGGUUUGUUUUCAGAAGGCAUUUGUAUUAAUUUACUUAACUAUGUACAUAGAAUUAUAGAAGUUUUCUAACUGACAUACUUAUAUAAUACUUAUCUCAGGUAGGUCAGUAAUCAGUUUUGGGAAAAUAACGAACAAAGAAUUGAUUCGAUAGAAUUUUUUUAGGAAUUAUCGAUUACGUUCAACCAAUUCUGAUAAUUCUCAACGUGUAAUACGUUUCUCGAUUACAGCAGAAUGCGUUACGUAAUCACACAUCAAUUCAUUUGAACUUAAACUUUAUUAUGCACAUUGAUUUCCAUGAAUGUAUAAAAGAUUUUACAAAUAUAGUUCUGUGUAUAAGAUAUACAUUUUUCACUAACAAGGACUGCUCAAUAAUACUUCCUCCAUUCACAUAUUCAAUCAACAAACUCCUUCAAUUUUCACUGACGUGACCAUAACACAUUGCAAAUGAUACAUGUACACGAUUGAAUCACGGUCGUCAUCUAAACGUCUUUCCUCCAUCAGUAAAUGGAAAUUAGUUGUGAUUAAUGUUUACUACUACCGCACACCAUAAUGUGUAGAACAAUAUAAAUCAGGCGGACUGAAAUCAAUUCUCUCCAUUACAUGAGAUGCAUUAUUCUUCUUUUAAACAGUAAACGUGUGAGUUUACAGAAAUUUAAAGAUGAGUUCUACCUAAAUAGGCAGUUCAAUUCGUUUGAUUCAGUCACAUUUUGAUAUUGAUAAAUGUCUACAUCAUAUCCAUUUGUUAAAUGUUAACUUCUCUUUGGAUUUUAGGUUGCACUGAUCGCUCUCGAUGUAGGUGCUGACAUAUUAUUAUUUCUUGUGAGUAACAUGCACUUAUGUAUUUAUAUACACAGCAAAACUAGUCUUCCUAAUUGGUCAACUGUACAAUCAGUCGUUUAGAAUGAUAAGAGAAUUCGCUACUGUAUGCACAUAGUAGCGGUUUGUUGAAGUGUGAAUGUGAGUAGUAAAUUCAUUCACCUAAUAUCAUGCUUCGCUCUUUCUUCUAGUUUUAAGUAAGAGACAUUGUUUUCUUAAACGUAAAAAUGAAUUACCAUUACAUAUAUUUGCAUUUACUUGCAAAACUAAAAAUACUACUUAUAUGGUUGCAUAUGGAUGUAGAUCUGUGUUUCAAUGACCCAUUUCAGCAAUGUAAUAUUUUUAGUGUUAAUAUAUGCAUGUGUUAUUUGUGGAGUAUCAUAACAUUCAGCUUUUGCAUUAAUCGAAAUUCGUGACACGUAUAUUUUUGAAUUUCUCCUAACAGAUAACAAUCUGUUUCAGUCAAUUUACUGUUGGAAAAUCAGAAGUGCGGGUCUUCUUUCCACAUUGGACGUUAGCAGUAUUAGUACUGUAUACUCUCUUUUACAUCGAUUUAUCAAAUAAUUUAUAUUUGGUAGGCAUGGUAGAUUUCAUCAAUACCAUCAACGAGACGAAUAGCACGCCGUGUUGGUAGUUUUACUGUUUAUAAGGAGAUAACUGUGACCCUUUUGAGACUGAAUUUGUGUUCAAGUACAAAUGGAUUUGCAAUGAGAUUUCUCACUCAGACAUUUCCAAUCUGUUCGAUUUUAUUCCAUCUGUAAUAAAUUAUACGCUGAACAAAAUCA